AAGGUAAUAUUUAUCGAAAAUUUACACUGACAUGAAAAAUUAGCUACCUGUGACAGCUGAUUAGUGUUAGAUUAAAGGUUUUUUUAAAACAUAAGACCUAGGAUGAGAUUAUUUAUUCUCUUAAGUGCUUGAUAUGAUGUAUAGGGUAUAUUUUCUAUCCGAAUUUCCUCUUUGUUGGAAGAGUGUUAGCCUCGGACUUGUUUACUUUGAUGAUUUCAAGAUUUCAAUGCGUAUAUACUUUUAUUACAUAUAUGGGGAGCCCAUACAUGUAUUACAGUCCUAUUGGACCAAAUCCUGACUGGUUUCCAAAUUGCUGGAAGUUGGGUUUCUUGAAAUAUUUUGAUAGAUGUUGAACAAUGAAAAUGGACAUUUUCAACUUUUCAUUUAUAGGUUUUAAAGAGAGCGAAAGUGUGUUGCAUUACAUAUAUUUAUAACCCCUUGUCAAUAUGAUGCUACAGACAUUAAUUCUUUUCAGAGGUGUAUUUAUUAAUCUUGACUUACUAAUUUGCAUAAUUAAUUCAAGCUAAAAUAUGCCCAGAGUACGCCUCAGGUACGCCUGUAUUUUCCAUAGGGGUAAUGUAAAGAAAUCUACCUGGAAUCAUGAUAGUACACCAGGAAAUUUUAGAGGACUUGUAAACAAUACGUAACCAUGCCAGGAGCACUCAUUGAUCGACCAAAAAUGACAAAGACUAUGUACCAGGCCUUGAAACGACAUAUAAUGAAAGAGAGAGAAAGGAAAAAACAAGAACAAGAGCAAGAUGCUAUGAUGAUGGAAAGAUUGAAAAAGGAAGAAGAGAUGAAAAAGAAAAAAGAACAAGAGGACAGUCUCACUCUGGAACAAACAAAGGAGCAGAUUUCCCAGCUUGAUAAGAAAAUGGAGGACCUUAAAACAGAGAAACAUGAAUUGUUCUCACAACUGAAGAAAGUUCUCCAUCAAGAGGAUGAGACUCGAAAAAAAGCUCAACUGAAAGAACAGAGUGAGUUACAGAUUAUGCAGCACAGCACAGUUCUGGGACUGCCUCAUGCUAUGUCUGGUCGACCAAUGCUGUACAGACCUCCCCAGCCCACCAUGGUCCAGCAAGUAGCGAUGAAAAGAGGACGGAGCCCCUCCCCCCCUCCCUCACAGUCCUAUCAGUACAGCAACAAAAUGAUGGCCGCCUCUAUCCCUGUGGAGAAACAACACCCAUACACUCACUCCUCACAACCAGAUUACAAGCAGCAGUCCAACUUCCCACAGAGUCAGACUGGAGCUGGUUAUCCCACACAGGCGGGGCACACUUAUCAGCAGGCAGGGUAUGUCCCCAGUAAAUCACCAGUCAAAUACAACCCAGGGGGACAGUCUGCAUUCUCCUCCUACUCCAAUCCAUACACACAUCCACAGACGAAGCAGCUUCAAGAAGCAGGUUACCCUGCUUACCGAAUGCAACAACCAAGUGGCUAUAUAGCCACUCAGCAUGGCUCAAAUAUCCCCCUGCAGAAGCAACUAGAACAUGCCAAUCAGCAGUCUGGCUUUAAUGAAGAAAAGUAUAAGUUACAACAGCAGAGUUCAGCUAUUAGAGGUGUUGCACCGUUACCAGGACAACAAUCCAUGAUGCAUCAGCCUUUGCAAAUUCAGCAACAGCAACAACAGUCUAAGGGUAGCAUUGUGACAGGAUAUGCUGCCCGAGGACAGACGCCAAACUCCACCAGUCAGUACCCACCCACUAGCAAUCAGCCAAAUUACACAACACAGUCCAGACCUCAGCACCACAUGAGUGGUCAACACCCUGGCAGAUAUUUCUGAAGAAACACAGCCACUAUGUGGUCAGUUUAUGGCUCCACUGCAGGUCCAUGGAGUUUAGUUGUGUGUGGAUCACAUCAUCCAUGGAGUUUAGUUGUGUGUGGAUCACAUCGUUGAGCUUCUGUGAUGCAGUAGCAAAAUGCUUUUUGCUUAUUCAUGAUGAUCAGAUAUACUGGUUUUCAUAUCUAUUAUAGUCAGGUCUUCGUCAAGGUUCUUAAUGGGGAAUUACAAGCAAGGAGUGUGUGUCAUUUUUUAAAUGCUCACUUGAAAGAUUGUUGAAGUAAAGAAAAGCGGACAGUUAUUUUGCAUAUUAGAAUUUAAAAAGUUUGGUGGGUCUUGUCAGAAUCAUCUACAUGAAUUGACCUGCUACAUUCCAAGGCAAUGAGGAAUUAUUUGAGAAUUGGUAACUAUGGAGAGAACUAGUAUGUGAAAUGUUGGCACAUUGACAUAUUAUAACUCAGUAAUGUAUUCACUUUUGUAAUUGUCUGUAUUACCUGUUUUGUACGAUGUGUAUUUCAGACUUGUUGUACACAAACUACAUUUUUUUCCUAAUUAAAAUGUCUAACUUUUUUGUACUUUAAAGAAAUAUUGAAAUCAGAAAUCCUCCUCUAACUUACUAUAUACAGUUAGUGUAUACAUCUAUAGUUAUAUACACAUAAAUGUGUAAAGUGAAUAUACAUGUAUGUAUAUAUACAGUAUAUUGAAAUGAUAAGGUUCUAA